AUGGACAGGAUACCCGACGCCUUGCGGCGAAUGUCGCCUUCCACACACAAGCAAGGCAUACAGGCACAUACAGAAAGGUCUGCAGGCGUUCGCCCACGCACGGGAGGUGUGCACAAGACAACGGGCCACGAGAGCAGUGACGCCGAUGACAUCGUCAUUCCAGACACGGAGCAGUUGAUGCAGUCGAAGCGGCUGCAGCUUCUCGCAGAUCAGCUAGAAAGCUCACUCCGCGUCCUGCGCCGGAAGCUCGACCGCAUGGAGAAGCGGAUGGAGAACGCCGGCCGUGGCGCCCUCCUGCCCUUCCAGCUGCGUCGAGCCCAUCAGGAGAAGGAGGAGCUGAAGCGCGAGAUUGUGGCAACGCAGCGGACCAUCAAGAGGCUGACGUUCAUGUCAACCCAGAUGAAGCAGAUGAUCGUGCUCAAGAGUGAGGUGCUUCAGAGCACACGCGCGCGUCUUCUGGAAGAGAUCAAGACGCUGGAGAACCAGGUCAAGGAGAACGCGGUGCAGAUUCAUCGCGGUUAUGUUCAGCGCAUCAACAUGCUGCAGCGCUACUGGCCGUGGCGUCAGCUACGCGAGCUCGGCGACACCGCGGUGGGUAAAACCUUCGAGGAGGAACUGGCGCGAGGUCCUCGGUACCGCAACAUUGGGAUUCAAAACAGCAUCCAGACCGACUACAUUGUUCAGCAGCUGCACUGGUUGCAGGAGCUGGGCAGCCGCGAGGGCGUCUUUCGCGGUCACCUGCGCCUCCUGGAAGGCAUGGUCGAGGACUUGAACGAUAUUGCCGAUCUGCUCGAGACCACCUUGACGUGCCCCGUUUGUGGCAUGCUCUACGAGAAGCCCGUGAUCCUCUGGCCCUGUGGUCACUCCUUCUGCCUCCCCUGCGUUGAGUGCCUCGAGAUUGCACCGCGUUUGUACCGCUGCCCGACGUGCGGCAGCAUCGGCAGCGAGGGGUUCGUGCACAACCUGCUGCUCGCCGAGACGGUGGCCAAGUGGAUGUUCAAGGAUAAGGGAUACGGAGACACUCAAACACCCCUCAACACCAUCCGUGUUCAUCUUCCGCGGUUUCGGCAGGACAAAAUCCAGUCGCGGAUUUCGCAGCUGAAGAAAGACCUGCGAGAGUCGACCGAGAGGGCCGCCUCGCCGGGGAAGGAUUCUGCCGAGCGGAAGGACAUCGCCGUCUCCUAUCGACUCUAUUAA